AUGGUGAAUAGAUCAUCGAAAAAACGUCAACGUGAAUAUAUGUCAAGUAGUGAAGAUGAUUCCUCGCAUGAAUAUCAAGUUGAAGCUAUUCUUGAUAAACGAACUAGAGGCAAGAAAAUCGAAUAUCUUCUCAAAUGGAAAGGUUAUUCAAAUGCAGAUAAUACGUGGGAAGAUAAAAGUCGUUUAAACUGUCCUACUUUGGUUAAAGACUUUGAAAAAAGUCUAAAACAGAAAAAUGAUGAAACAAAAUCACAUUUAUAUCAUGAAUUAAGAUCAAAGAGUCAAACAAUAUCGAAAAAGUCUAAAAAUACCAAUAUGCAAGAUGGGAAUGAAAAUGAUCAAUAUAGAUCAAUAAGUCCAGAAAUUAGUAGUAAUUCAACUGUGAAUGAAGAUAAUAAUGAUGAUGAUGAUGAUCGAAUUGUUACACGUCAUAGUACACGUAAAAAAAUUGACUCAUUUCCAUCAAAUCGACGUCAUUCAAAUCGAAAAAUUGUUAAACAAACAAAAUGCCGUAUUUCAUUAAUGUCUAAUGAUCAAAGCUCCACUGAUGAUGAUAAUAUUGAAGAAGAAUCAUCAUUAAUUAAAAAACCAGAAAAAAAAAUUUCUGAAAUUGAUAAUACAUCUAAUGAAAAAACAAUUACAACUAUUAAUGAUGAAAAUAAUAUGAAUAGUAAUAGUGUUGAAUUUCCAGAUGAAAGCUCAAUAAACGAAAAUAAUAUCAAUGAAUCAACGACAGUUAGUCUUCUCCUUCGAGUUACACCAAAUUCAACAUCAUCUAUUUCUAUAACAGCUAAUGAUAAUAGUAAUAAUAAUAAUAAUAAUAGUGCAACAAUUUCUACUGAAAAUGAUCAAAAUGAUCAAAAUACAUCUGAAAUAACCGAUGAAACCGAUCAAGUUGAAAAAAUCGAAGCUGUACGAAAUAAUCAAGAUGGAAUAGCAUUUCGUAUUAAAUUAAUUAAUGAAAAUCAAUCGCAAUGGAUUUCAUCAAAAAUUGCUAAUCAAAAAUAUCCUCAAGCUGUUAUUGCUUUUUGGGAAAAUUAUGUUGAAUUUACAUAA